GGAAGAACAGGCAUUGCCUUUCAAAUAAUCACAGUCGCCCGCCCACUGUCCGAUGCUGUUUGCAUCGAAAAUAUUGUCGAAUGCAUGAAAAAGAUCAUCUCUGCUGUUGUGAAAGCGCUUUACGAGUAAGAAUCUCAGCACCUAAUAGACAAGUGUGGCACUGAUACGCCUGAAGUUGGGAGCGAGAAGCAACGCCGUGAUGGAGGUUGAGAAUAAAGAAGGAUCUGAUAGCCCUCUGCCCAACGGCAGCACCCAUCCACCAAAACGCGGAAGAGGCAGACCACGAGGGUCGCUCAAUAAGAAGUUCACUGUUGAGAAAGCGCCGACACACAAUGCCCGGCCAUCGAAAAAGGUGGACUUCUUUUCCCCUGACAUAGUCCUAAAGAACAAGGUGAAGAAACGUGGUCGGCCAAAGAAGAUAAAAAUGCCCGGUAGGCCGAGAAAGAUCCCUCUCACGCCCGAGGAAGAAUCAGAGAGACUUAACAGGUUGAGUUUACAACGCAAGCGAAAACUGUCAAAGCCCCUCGGAAGACCCCGCAUUCAUCCCAUCGCAGAAGGCCCCAAAGAAAAAAGGGGAAGAGGAAGACCUCGCAAAUCUGGCGACGUGGCUAAGCAAAGCAGUGGCGAAAUCACCCUCGACGCUAAUGGAUCUCCAGCUAAAAAGAGAGGGAGGCCGAUGGGCACAAUAAAGCGGAAGAGGGGUCGGCCCGCAGGUUCCACCAAGAUUUCAAUUGCCAAGUCCUCAGAUGGGACCCCAAAAAGGAGAGGCCGCCCUCCAGGCUCGCCCAACAAGGUGAAGAAGAUUCCGCGGGCUGACGGAACCCCCCGAAAGAGAGGCCGACCCCCAGGCUCCGGCACCAAACCGAAGAUCAUUCGACGGAACGCAGACGGCACUCCUCGAAAGAGGGGCCGACCUCCAGGUUCUGGAAAGAAAGUCAAGAUUGUCGAAAAGAAAGUCGGAGAUGUUCCCCGCAAGAGAGGUCGGCCACCUGGUUCAGGCAAAAUCAAGGCUCGCACCUCAGAAGGUGGAGAUGCAGAAGGGGCUCCACGCCGUAAGAGAGGACGUCCGAGCAAAGUCAGACUGGCUGUCAUGCUCGAAAAACUCCCCUCGGAGUCACCGGAGGGAGAAGAAGAGGAGACCGACGCGCCCUCUCCCAAACAGUCCCGCACCUCCGACGACUCGUCGCAAAAUCAGAACGAUGAAGAAGAGACCAGGGCGAGCGAGAACGACGCAGACCCAGAAGACGAAGAUGACGCCAUCGAUUGUUCAAAAGUGAACAAUAGUAGUGAGAACGAGAUGGUGGGCAAAUUCAAAAAAAAGAAAUAAGGAGAUGGGUGGGGGGGGCUUCAUUAAAAAAAAAUUGGUGGGUAUAUUUUUCGAAGGGUUUUAAUAGGCUAUGUCAAUAAUGUUUUUGCAAUUUUUUUUUUUUUUUUUUUUUUAAAUCUGAUAAUUGUGCUUUUGGUGUUGCCUGCCAUGCCAGAUUGUAUUGUUUUUUUUUUCCUCUUUGUUUUUUUAAGCUCAUUAUUAACCGAAAUGUUUGCUCACAAUGAGAUGAAGCACAGUCGAUUUUAUUGUUAUUAAUAUUAUUAUUUUUUUGCAUGGGAAAAAAAUUGCGAAAUUUUGAAGCAUGCAAAAUCGAAGGACAAGUAUGUAGCCUGUUAACAUCACGGGAUCCUAAAAGAUGAUGCACAAUUAACGGUUCCAUUGAAAACGUUACCAUGCUAAGCGUCAACCUUAUUUGCUACCAAUGGUUUGUGCCAACAGUUUACCAAACCAGACUGUUUCAGAUGCAGUGUCUUCAUACCUGUACAGUAGUCCGUGUGCACAGGCUCUUAAACCCAAGGCCAAUUCUUUGAAUCUUUUCAUUUAAAUCGCCCAGAUGGUUUUAAUUUGGCGUAGUAAGUGGCUGUGGAAAAAUCUGGGGUUUUGACAGUUAAGGGCGUCUUUGCUGUAGUUUUAUUUCUUUUAUCAUCGUUCAUACUUUAAAUCUGUACGACCAACCCCGCCGAGUUCAGUGUUUUAUAGUGAAACAGUCUUCAUUUUCUACUUUUUAUCAUGAUAGUUUGGUCAUUUAUAGGCGUCAAGUGCUUAGUUUACUGCACCCCCUCAUUUUUGCUCAAAUAUCGUGAUUGCCUUUGUUUUUCAAAAUGUGAAUACAUUCAUAUUCUGCUUUUAAGUCUUCAUGGAUCCUGAUUUUUCAUUUUCAUAUGUAUGGCUUUUUAUAUCCAACUUUUUCUCAUUUAACCAGUUUUUUUUUCUCCUCUUGAUUUGCUUAGUUUGUGUAAAAACCCUAUAGACUUGUUAUAAACUGUAGAUCUUGUCUUGAUUAAUUUUCAUGUAUUAUUUAGUUUUAAUCUGUAUGUACCAGUAGAUGCUGAAAACAGAUUGUUUUAGCGAAAGUGUUUUCAUGUUAAUAAAACCUGUUACAGUGAUGACAUGAUGGUUCAAUAGACAUUUCAUGUACACGCUUUCUAAUUAGGUUACCCAUCUGUGCUGUAGUACGAGACAUUUCUGUAUCGCCGCUUUGUAUGAAUCAUUUCACUUUGUGAUUUGGAUGAGCAUUGUUGCUGAUUAAUAACCAAUUAAAUCAUACCAUAUUCACCAA